ACCAAGGACACACUCUCAUUGGCCAAUCGAGUUUGCGCCAUUUGCUCACUGCCUCCUUAGCGUAGUCCAGUUACCUUCAAGCUCGGGGUGAGACCUCAUUCUGUGCUUUGGGAAGAGAGUCGUGUUGUCUCAGGUAUCGUAGCGGCGACACGAGAGAGACUGCCGGUGUGACAGCCUUCCACUACCUGCACGACUGUAUUGGUAACGUUGGGGUCUGUCUGCUACCAGCUAUGCCGCUGCCCGUUGCGCUGCAGACCCGCUUGGCCAAGAGAGGCAUCCUCAAACAUCUGGAGCCUGAACCAGAGGAAGAGAUCAUUGCCGAAGACUAUGACGAUGAUCCUGUGGACUACGAGGCCACCAGGUUGGAGGGCCUACCUCCAAGCUGGUAUAAAGUGUUCGACCCUUCCUGUGGGCUCCCUUACUACUGGAAUGCGGACACAGACCUCGUAUCCUGGCUCUCCCCACAUGACCCCAACUCUGUGGUCACUAAAUCUGCCAAGAAGCUCAGAAACAGUAAUGCAGAUGCUGAAGAGAAGCUGGACCGGAGCCAUGACAAGUCGGACAGGGGCCAUGACAAGUCAGACCGCGGCCAUGAGAAACCAGACAGGGGCCAUGACAAGUCAGACCGGGGCCACGACAAGUCUGACAGGGAUCGAGAGCGUGGCUACGACAAGGUAGACAGAGAGAGAGAGCGAGACAGGGAACGGGAUCGGGACCGCGGGUAUGACAAAGCAGACCGGGAAGAGGGCAAAGAACGGCGCCACCAUCGCCGGGAGGAGCUGGCUCCCUACCCCAAGAGCAAGAAGGCAGUAAGCCGAAAGGAUGAAGAGUUAGACCCCAUGGACCCUAGCUCAUACUCAGAUGCCCCCCGGGGCACAUGGUCAACGGGACUCCCCAAGCGGAAUGAGGCCAAGACCGGCGCUGACACAACAGCAGCCGGGCCCCUCUUCCAGCAGCGGCCAUAUCCAUCCCCAGGGGCUGUGCUCCGAGCCAAUGCGGAGGCCUCCCGAACCAAGCAGCAGGAUUGAAGCUUCAGCCUUCCCAGCCCUGGGUUAAAAUAAAAGUUUUCCGGUGAUGCUGCCCACCA